CCCCUGCACUGCACAAUGACAUCGACGUUAGCUCUGGGCUAGCAGCAGAAUCGAGCCAGGCUGAUGAGUAACAAAAAUGUUCGGCAGCGAAUUGACGAGAAAUAUUCGAAAGCCUAGGUCUACAACUCUCUGUUAUAGUAUGUCGGCAGCGACACUCGUCCGAUUGCCUUUCUUUGCUGUUGCUAGUGCUUUCCCAACCCUUAGCGGAAUCCAUGUUAAUACGGUAAACCGACGAGUAAACUGCCAGAAUGGAGGCAGCGAAACAGCCGGCAGCCGUGCCUCGGCGGGCAGUAGCACCACAGUCUGCCGAGAAGGACAGUAUAGGGGGUAAGAAGCCGAUCCACUACCCCUUCUGGUUUGGAGGAAGCGCAAGUAGUAUGGCCGCGAGCGUAACACAUCCAUUGGAUCUUGGUAAGCUCAAGGUCCGCCUCCAAACCCGGUCCGGCAACAUGCCCAAGACGAUGAGCGGCACCUUUGUGCACGUUGUCAAGAUGGACGGCUUCCGCGGCCUGUAUAGCGGGCUCUCGGCGUCCCUCCUCCGGCAGCUGACGUACAGCACGGCGCGGUUCGGCAUCUACGAGGAGCUCAAGCAGCGGUCGACGGGCGCGGACGGCAAGCCGCCGUCGUUCGCCGCGCUCGUAGCCAUGGCGACCGUGUCCGGGGUGGUGGGCGGCAUCGCAGGCAACGCGGCCGACGUGCUCAACGUGCGCAUGCAGCACGACGCGUCGCUGCCCGCCGCCGACCGGCGCAACUACCGGCACGCCGUCGACGGCCUGGCGCGCAUGGCCCGCGAAGAGGGCCUCGUCAGCUGGUUCCGCGGCGUGUGGCCGAACAGCAUGCGCGCCGCCGCCAUGACCGCCAGCCAGCUGGCCAGCUACGACGUCUUCAAGCGCUGGCUCAUCCAGUUGACCCCCAUGACCGACAACCUGGCCACCCACUUUACGGCCUCGUUCCUCGCCGGCGCCGCAGCCGCGACCGUCACGAGCCCAAUCGACGUCAUCAAGACGAGGGUCAUGUCGGCAAAGGGGAAGAGCAGCAUCCCCAAGCUGCUCGGGGAGAUCUACGCCGCCGAGGGCUUGCGGUGGGUGUUCAAGGGCUGGGUGCCCAGCUUCCUGCGCUUAGGACCGCACACCAUUUGUACAUUUGUCUUCCUCGAGACUCACCGCAACAUCUACAGGAAGGUUCAAGGUUUGGAAACCUCGGUAUAGCCGAGAUGCUAGGGAGACGACAACACGCACCACACAUACACCACACACACAUACAUAUAUACACGAUAGAAAGGCUCAGCUCAUGCAUUAGAAACCCCCUUGGAGAGCCUCUGUUUUUAGGAUUCUGCUCUUAGUUUUCCAGCGGCAGUUUUUGCGCUUUUUACGCUUAUUGUACAAUACAAACUCCGCAAUAGGGGGGAGGGAGUUAAACAAUCCCCUGCCAGCCCCUAAUAUCAACCACCCUUUCCCGGAAUCCGAUCUGUUUCGCCCCGUGGAUCUUGGGGUGAUGAUAUGUAUGCGCUUCAGCUGUGCGCAUAUCCCGUAUAAUACAUGG